AUGAAUGCCACCCAGGAUGUUAGAAAUCAGUUGACUGCACCCAUAGAGGGGAAUCUGCUUUGCAUCUUGCGACCGCAAGAAAAGUUCCAGGACGGCUACACACUCCUCUAUGCAGCUCUGCAGCAAGAGAGCGAGAGAGACUUUCACAUGAUCCUGGAGCGCUCUACCGAUAAAAGCCCGAUCGUACAUGUGCCCCUGAAGUCAACCGCGCUGCACAUAGCCUGUCGCUUCGCCUAUAAAAGCAUGGUAACCUACCUCCUGGACGCUGGUGCAUCAGCUAAUGUUCUCGAUGACCGAGGGUGCACACCUCUCCAUGAAGCCCUCAAACAUAUGAAUGCAGACAGGGAUAAUGAUCCGACUCCACGGGAACUAGCUAAGUCACAUCCCAUUCAAGCAGUGCGGGACAUGUUUGAUGCAGCCGUACCUGAACGGGUCCCGCGGCCUCCACGAUUACACGCGCGGAAGCCUUCGGAACAUACGACUCGAACAACAGAGUCACAAGCUCACUCUACUACCAAACCUCGGGUUUACAAGAACCCCAAGUCACUGGUAGGCAACUCCGUCUAUCCUAUACCACCAAAUGUGUCUCCAGGACAGAUACAAGAAGUCAACCGUACAUCUAAGGCACAAGAUCCUACUAAGAACAACACAGUUAUUAAGGAAGAAGCAUCUCCGCUCACUGUGCUCCCUUCACCGUGGAUAGGCGAGGAUAUUUCAAAGAAAGUGUUUUCUUCACGAUCGCCUCAGCGAGAAGACAAGAUAUCUAGGCACGAGGCACAAAGGUCUUACCAGAUUGAAAAUCCAUACCCUUCUUUAAGCAAGGACUACGAUACACCACUCAUUGAUGGAAAAAGCUCAGCGGCUGCAUUAUUCUGGGGCAAUCUCCACCGAUUACCCGCAGAAUCUCACGUACAAUCUGAGCUGAAGCAGGAAAAACAGAAGCGUGGGCGUGCGCGGUGGAAGCCUGUCGUGCUAUGACUGUCAAGUGAUUAUCGUAUAAAGUGGAGGACUACCUAGCAGGACGUGGAUGAUUAUAGGAAUGCCAAAUGAAGAAUUCCGGACACCUACUCGUCAAAGCAUUGCCUUGUAGUAUCGAUAGCUUAAUGCCGUGCAAGCUCCGUUGCAUACUCAAAAAGUCGGUGCUGAGGCGUGAAAAGGGGUCGUGUUUUCAAAAGUUGAAGUGAGGUGCAGCCGACUUCUCCGGUAUACCGUUAAA